AGGUUUCUAAUAAAAGUUAGAUCAUUUUCAGGUUUCUUAUAAGUUCUGUUUAGGUUGAAGAGCAGUCCUUCAAGUCCAUAUAAAGCUUGUUACUGGAUCCAAAUUCAUAGGUUCAUUAACUAAUAUAUGGGUUUGUGAUUCUGCAACGUCAAAAUCAAGUUUCCCGCUAGAAGAUAUGCUCCUGCUUGUGCUGAUAUGAUGGUGAAGCAAUUGAAGAAGGGGACACUGAUGAUGAUGCUAAUGUUGUUGAUUUUAAGAUUGUUUCUAAUGGUGGCAGGCAACAGCAAAACGAGUGGGAGAGAAGGCCUCCUGUGAAGCUAAAAGGUCUCACUGCUCCGACUAAUCUGGGAUCAAAGCAAGAAACAAGACAAGCAGGGGAAAGUGCCCUCAAAGAGAAAGUAUAGAAGAAUCUUUCCUUGGGUCGCCAGCACUCUGCAAGUAGCAGAAUCAGGAAACCCUUUCACGGAGAGACAUCAAACUCAUAGCACCUUUGAACACUGAACACUCAGAAAGACAAUCUGGGAAAGCAAGGCAUCUUAUCAUUCUUAGAAAGAGUUGACUUGGGCAAAAGUUUCUGAUUUUCCUAACCGUCAUUCUUCACAAUAGGUUACAUUCUUUCUUUUGGUUGGACAAUACUUCUAAUUCAUGUUCAUCUACAAUUUUUAAUGGGAAAUCCAAACUCCAAAGUAGGCUAUUUGCCUCCGGAUUUCCACCUUUCUUUGCUAGCUAGGAUGCAGUUUGAAACAGCUUUUGUAAAUAACCUCCUUUAGGAAUAUACAACAGAUUUCAGAGACAAAAAGAGUGAUAAUAUACAUGAUCUAUGUUC